CGACGACAGCGCCGCCAGUGCCACUGUCUGGACUCUCCCUCUCCACUGGCGAGUCAAUGUACUGUUCGGAUGUUCUUCGACAGCACUCUAUGCUGUGCCGUAGCUUCCUAUGUGGGCAGGGGCGAAUUUUGGCGGGGCAUGCUUUAAAACUUGUGCCAUUUCCUGCGUCAACUUGGAUUCGCAAGGGGAAGUAGGUUUGGAGUUCGGAAUUCGGAGCAGUUGCAGAGCAUUCUGAAAGUGCAGUUGUUGGAAUCAUGGGGCCGAGACUGGUUCACAGACAGAGCAAGUUGGCGAAGGAAUUGUAAUUUUCGUGAAUUGAAGUUUGCGGUAUUGAGCUUGUGGGUCGUGUACUGCGACAUCGCCAUUCAAUGUACGACAUUUUGUUGGGUCGAUUUCGAAGGUCGGAGCCGGAGAAUUUGUUUGAAUUUUAGUUGCGGGAAGAAUGGUGCAAUAACUUGGAGAUAUUGCUCAUUAUAGUGUAGUUGAGCAGAAUGUCGGAAGCUUCAAGAGGGGAUGAAAAGGACAGGACUAAAGAAAAAGGAAAAGCGGCAGUCACUGGAGAAGCCAACAUUUUGCCUGCAGAGGCUUUUACUCAUGGUGGAGUCAAGAAGACCAAGUUUGAGCCGAAAGUACCAACGAGGCGAUUGAAAAAGCUCUCCCAAGUUAAAAGGGAGCCCGGUGAAGGUGAUGGAGGGGAGCUAUCUAGUGAACUUCAGAGAUUGAUACAGCAAUCUCAAGAGGAUGCAUCUGGUUUUCGAAGACGCCCGGACAACAAAGCCCCUGUUCGGGUUGCCUUCGGUUUUGGCUCAGCAACGGCGGGAAGAGCAGCAGCUGGAUCUGCUGGAUUUAGUAAGUUCAGGACUGGUAAUGGAGGUGGCGGGGCUGGGGGUGGAGGUGGAGGUGGUGGAGGAGGAGGGGGAGGUGGUGGUGGUGGCGGUGGUGGGGGAGGAGGAGGUGGAGGAGGCGGCGGGAGAGCAUCGACAACGAUUGCCAGCAUGGAAGAGUACGUUGACUUUAAAAGUGGAUCGAAGAAGAAUGCCACAGAUCCUAUGGAUUAUGAUCAGUACUAUCCGGUAGCUCUCCCACUCCGAAAGCCGAGGUCUGGCUUAGCAGAGGUAUUGGAUGAAGAGGAGUUUGGAGGAAGUCAAGAAUAUGAUGAAGAUGCAGUUCCCGCUGCCAAGGAGCUGGGACUUUUCGAGGAAUCUUUAGAAGACAAAUUCAUGUUUUUCCAGCUCCCUUCUGCUCUUCCCAUGGACAUGGUACCAGAAGUACCGAAGGAUGAGGGUAGUAGCAAUCCUGCUCAGAAGGCUGCAGGUAGCACGAAAGAAAGUAUUAGCUUAGAUAAGUUACCCGAAGGCUUCCUCGGCAAGAUGUUGGUCUACGAAAGUGGAGCAGUCAAGUUCCAGCUGGGUGAUGUCGUUUUCGAUGCGAUGCCAGGAACCAGUUGUGUAUUUGCCCAGGAGCUAGCAGCUAUAAAUCCUGUUGCUAAACACUGCCUUUUUUUGGGUGACAUCCGGCAGCGUGUUGUGCUGACUCCUGACAUUGAUAGAUUACUUGAUAAGAAUUCUGAGAACAGCUAAGCUGUACAAUUGAUUCUCGUAUAUAUGUCAAGGACCUUGUUUGAAUUUCACAAGAUCUGAAUUAGGACGAAAUGAUGAAGUUUUGUUAGAAAAUAGAAUUAUUUCUUCGUAGCUCCUUGAUGCGCUUCAACGGAAUCAGAUCAUGGAACUUAGCCCUCGAAUGAAUCCGUGAAUAAGUGCUCGAAGAAGCAUCUCAUGGAGCAGUUGUUCCCACGAGACACUUGUUGAAGUUGUUCAAGAGGUGAUUGAGUAGUGAUGCCUAUCAAUCAGGUAAAGAUUGUAGCCAUAUUCUACUUCUUCGUAAUUUAAAAGAUUCGAAAGUUUUGUAGUCAAAAGAUUAUGUAGUAUGGAGUCAAGUUAUAAUGAGAAAUUAGUACCGC